AUGCAGUUAGUGCCAUUGAGUAUCAAAAAACUUGCAAAUUACAGUGCAGCUGUAUUUUGGUGUUGGGAUCGUUGUCGUAGUAUGGAUAUUGGCAAUGAAGAUAUUAUUGAUAUUGAUUGUGAUGAUUGGUGUAAAAUAACUCCUGCGCAAACUACACAUUCCGUAUUAGAGGCUUUUCUAGUGCAAAAAUUACUUCCAUUAGACUGCUGCACUCGCUUGCAAGCAACCGCUUUCUACCGUGUCACUGCCUGUCGUGGCCGGCCGUACUAUCCCCCUGUGCAGGAGCUUGUUGCUCGGUCCGUCGGGGCUCGUAGCGGGGCUAACGGUAGCCUGAAUCUACUCAAAACGAAAAAAGCUGAAGCAUCAGUUCGAACGGCGCACCCAGAAAUCUUAUAUAAGAAAAACAAUUUUGUUUAUUGGUUGAUUGGUUCAUAA